AUGGCCUUCUCAGACGGUUGGCGCCUGGCGCUGUUCCUGCAAUGCGCUGAGCAAACCAGUUGCGGGCGACGCUCUCCGGCCCCCGCGCGCCCCUCCCCCCGCGCGCCCCUCCCCCCGCGCGCCCCUCCCCCCCGCGCGCCCCCCAGCGGCCCCUCCCACGCGGCCCCUCCCGCGCCAGCCAGUCGGACUCUACAGGCGGCAGCGGCCGCUCAGGGGCCAGAUAAGACAACGCCGCGGGGCCGUCGCCCCCGGGACGGGCGGGCGAGCGCCAGGGGGCGGUUCGGGGCGGUCCGGGAGGCGGGGCCGGGGCGGAGGAAAGAGCACGCAGGAGCACCGGCUGCCGGGCGGCGGGGCGGCCGGUGGCUGGGCAGCCAGCCUCGCCGUCCGCUUCGCGCCGCCGACCCCGCGUCGCAGUGUUUCGUGGACGGCGCCUCCGGCAGACGGCCCCGAGGAGCCGAGCGCUUCUGGCAGGCGGUUCUGGCCGCGAUGUUCCGCCGCAGCUUCAACCGCUUCUGUGCUGGAGAAGAAAAACGAGUUGGUACGCGCACAGUGUUCGUGGGCAAUCAUCCAGUUCCAGAAACAGAAGCUUAUAUUGCACAGAGAUUUUGUGAUAAUAGAAUAGUUUCAUCUAAGUAUACACUUUGGAAUUUCCUCCCAAAGAAUCUGUUUGAACAGUUUAGAAGAAUUGCCAAUUUUUAUUUCCUCAUCAUUUUUCUUGUACAGGUAAGAGUCCUUGAACAGCUGCUUUACUUUUAG